AUGCGAUUGAUUAACUUGUUCCCACUCAAAUUUACAAAUUUACAAACUGGUGGAGAAUCAAGAACAUCUUAUCAAUCAACUUUGAAUAUGAGAAAUAAUGAUCAGCGGAGCAAAAACUACCAAUAUUUCUUCAAAACUAAGUUUGUGGUGAAAUCGAGUUAUCUCAAUUGUUUCAUAAAAAACGAGAUUCUCAUUGACAAAAUAAGCUGGAUGUUCUGUUUGAAUUUUGAAAACAACCAUUCCGUUGUCAUGUCCGGCGGCAAACAUAUUCAAAUUACGCCAUUAGUCUAUCUUUCUGCGAUUUACCCUUGGAAAUGCGCGAAAAUUUCGAUUGUGAAGAUUUCGAUCAAAAAAUUCUUGAUGAUUAUUUGUGGCAUUUGAAAACUAAAGGAAUGCAUGAAACAACAUCGAUCAAUUAUUUAACGUUUUUCUGAAACGUAAAAACGUUUUUCUGAAACGUAAAAAAUCAGGAUUUAAAAAUUUGAAAUUUUCAAAUUUUUUGGAUCUAGAAAAUGUAAAAUUAUCCGGAAAUUUAAAAAUUCCCAAAUUUUUAUUACUUAUUUUUACCCGAAAAACUUGUUGGCUCAAAUUUCAUGUUUUUCAGCUUUUUUAGGGUAUAGAUAACUCUGAAAAUCUCAAAAAAAAUCUGAAAAUUUUCCAGAAAUUGCUCCAAAUCCACCAAAGAAGCUGAAAAUGAUUCAGAUUCUGAUGAAAAUUCAGAAGAUGCUGAAAUUGGGCUGAAAAUUGACGAAUUGAGAGGUAUUUUUGAGAAGAAAAAAAUGAAAAUCUGGGAUUUUUGCUGAAAAACAAUAAUUUCAAUUCCAGUUCCAAAAAUCGAAGAAGAAUCACCAGAAGCUGCUCCAAUUAUGCGUUUUAUAUUUAUUCAGCAAAGAUUUAUGAAGAAUUUUUAG